AUGCCUCCCAGCGGGUCUACCUCACUGGACAUGAAGCUGUGCGAGGUGCAGUCUGUAGAGCUCAAGGCUGAUGCGCCAGACUACAUCAUGAAGCCACCAGGCCCCGCGGUGCCCUUCUUGAUGCUGCUGUACGGCUCCUUCGGGUUCUCGGCCCACGUGGUGGCGCGCUUCGAGCUGCAGCGCACCACCCACCGCUGGUCGAACUUCUUGGUGUACACCCGCGUGGCCGCGUCGCUGCUCCUCGGACUCGGCCGGCCACCGCGCCAGCUGCUCCGCAAUCUGGAGGGCCUCACCGCGGAUAUCGUGCCGGAGCGGGGGAAGCCGGGCCCCUACCUGCCGCCGCGGCCGUCCGUCGAGAGCCAGCGCUACCUCGAGGUGGGGUUCCUCAACCUCUGGUCUACGCGCGGGGGCCUCGUGCGCGGCGUGGAGCGCGCCGGCUGCGCCAGCCGCUGGUGCUGCCGCGGCACCCCGGGCGGGCCCGGGAGGCGGCGAGCGGCGGACUUCGGCGACGGGGUGGCGGACUUCUACAGGGAGCGCGGCCUGCGCACCUGGGCGAAGACGGGCACCCGCCUGCAGACCGACCGGGCCUCGCGCGGCACCUUCCGCUUCGACGCCCCCGGAGGCGUGGCCACCCGUUCGCAUCAGGUUGCCAGCCUCGUCCUGGUAGCUGGCCUCGGUGGCAGCCAGGGCGUCUUCCUCCAGUUCGAUGGCGAGGGCCGCUUCGCGUUCCACCCGGGCGGCAAGGCCGGAGCCCUCCCCCUCCGCCUCUUCGGGCGCCCAGCAGUAGGCGCAGCCGACCGCUUGCACGCGCUUGCGAUGUGA